AUGGGUUUGUUGCAGCCUGUACCCCUAACCAGGCAAAACCUAGCGUCGCCCACCUAUAGAGCUGGUACUCAAUGUGCCUACCAUUCAGAGGCAGAAGGGCAUGAUAGAGAUGACUGUUGGACCCUGAAGAGGGCUGUGGAAAAUUUGAUAGAGCAAAAGAGAAUAGUGCUAAAAGACGAGGACGUUCCUAAUAUAACCAACAAUCUGUUACCGGCUCACAACAACAGGCCGGUUAUUGAAAUGAUUUGUAAAGAUAGAGAGUUUGACCCAGCUCUAAAAGCCAUCAUUGCCAUAGCCGAUGUGGAAAAGAAGCCAAAAGCUGUCGUAAAUCAAGACAAGGAGGAGAGAAAGAAUAAAACUACCCUUCAGAAAACCGAAAAGAAAGUGGAAGCCGAAACUGGGGCAGCGCCCUCCAAAGAUGUCGUUCUCUAUGCUCCUCGAGGCCACAAGAAAGAACAUAUGUCUUUGAGUUCUCCUAGAAGGUUUGAGUUAAGCAAGGGAGCUAAAAUGUAUGUGUCCAAAGGGACCUACGUGGUGCGGGGGCCAAUAACUCCACCAAGGCUGAAUGAGUCCGUGGAAGAAGUUAAGGAAAAUAACCCGGCUGAGAAGUACCUCAAUCUGGAGGAAGUGAAUAAUGCCACAAAGAAGCGUUUCCCACCUAAGAAGCCAGUGAGUGCUGAAGAAGCAGAAGCGUUCUUCCAGAAAAAGAAAAUGGCAGACUACGAGAUAAUUGACCAACUCCGGAAUUUUCCUGCUCAAGUCUCUCUGUUGUCUCUGCUAAUGAACUCAACUGAACAUCAGAAAGCAUUGAUCAAAACCCUUAACGAAGCGUAUGUACCCAUUGAAACCACUGUGGAACAGUUGGAGAGGAUGGCAGAAAGGUUUUUUGCAGUCGAUCAAAUCUCCUUCAGUAAGAAUGAUUUGCCUCCGGAAGGGGCCGCCCACAAUAAAGCCCUUCAUCGGACGGCCAAAUGCGAGGGAUAUUAUGUGAAAAGGGUCAUGUUAGAUGGUGUUUCUGGGGUAGAUAUUUGCCCUCUCUCAACUGUGCAACGUAUGGAAAUCGGUACUGAGAGAACCAGGCCCAACAACAUCUGUAUACGCGCCUUUGACGGCGUCAAGAGAGAUACGAUAGGCGAGAUUGAUUUAAUUUUGACUAUUGGGCCAGUGGAUUUUGAGGUGACCUUUCAGGUCAUGGACAUGGAUACUUCCUAUAAUUUCCUCUUGGGAAGACCGUGGAUUCACGUAGCAGGGGCUGUGCCUUCUACUUUCCACCAGAUGGUGAAAUUCAAACAUCAAGAUCAAGAGAUUGUAGUUCACGGGGAUGAUGAGCAGUCGAUCUACCGGGACCCAUCAGUCCCAUGUCUCGAAGCCAGAGAAGGUAGUGAGCACAUAGUUUAUCAAGCUUUUGAAGUGGUGGUCGCAGACCAAUAUGAGGAGGGAAACCCUUGUCAUCAAUCUUUUCUGUCAAACCAUUGUUCUUUCUUUCAUCCACCCAUUUUUCAUCUUUAUAGGACAUUUGUCAAGCCUAAAUACAAUGAGGAGAGGAAGAUGAAGCCUUUACGGCCGAGGAAAUUGAAGAAAUAUGUGGGGCUAUGA